AUGUCAAGAAAGCCAUGUUGUGUCGGAGAAGGGUUGAAGAAAGGUGCAUGGACCACCGAGGAAGACAAGACGCUCAUCUCUUACAUUCACGAACAUGGAGAAGGUGGCUGGCGCGACAUUCCCCAAAAAGCUGGGUUGAAAAGGUGUGGAAAGAGUUGUAGACUGCGAUGGACUAACUACCUAAAACCUGAGAUCAAAAGAGGCGAGUUUAGUUCAGAGGAGGAACAGAUUAUCAUCAUGCUCCAUGCUGCUCGUGGCAACAAGUGGUCGGUCAUAGCGAGACAUUUACCUAGAAGAACCGACAAUGAGAUCAAGAAUUACUGGAACACGCAUCUCAAAAAACGUCUGAUCGAACAGGGUAUUGACCCCGUGACUCACAAGCCACUAGCUUCUAAUACUAGCCCUACUGCCACCACCACGCAGCCUGGGAACUUGCAUUCUCUAGAUGCAUCUAGUUCCGACAAACGAUACUCCCGGUCAAGCUCAAUGCCUUCCAUGUCUCGUCCUCUUUCCUCCGGUUUCAACCCAUCUUCCGAGAUCACCACACCAGUUCAGGGAGGUUCCUUGAGUUGCAAGAAAAGUAUUAAGAAAUCGAACUCUACAUCAAGGCUUUUAAACAAAGUUGCGGCUAAGGCCACUUCCAUCAAAGAUAUCUUGAAUGCUACUACAAUACCAUAUGAAAGCUUUUCCAAUGGCUUCCCUGAGCAGACUCGCAAUGAAGAAGAUAGUUCCAAUGCUCUCGCUGACUUCGAUCCCUUUUCUCAAUCAUUGUUGUACACUGAUCACGAGAUACAUGCUACUUCUGAUCUCGAUAUGGAUCAGGGUUACGAUUUCUCAUAUUUUCUCGAGACACUCGGGAGAGAUGAGCACAACAUGAAUGUCGAUCAGUAUGGUCAUGAUCUUCCUAUGUCAGAUGUGUCACAAGACGUCGUCUCAUCAACUAGCGUUGAUGAUCAAGACAAUAUGACUGGAAACUUCGAGGGUUGGUCAAAUUAUCUUCUUGACCAUGCUGGUUUGAUAU